UCGUUCUAUAGGUUGCCGUUCCGCGGUGAUCCUUCUGCUCUGAGACUAUCGUCGUCUAAAGUGGCGCAGUGCUCUUAAGAAUAAAGAAUACAAGCCUUGAUAAGCAUCACCAAGCCUUGACAAGGCCGGAUGCUUAGCUUUAUAUAUUCCCGACCCCGUCCUCAUUGCCCUACUCUACCCCAAGUCGCAUUCUCCUUUGUUCGUUAGCGAAUAUGUCGGAAUCGUUGCCUGUCUACAGUGCAGACCCUAGGUCCGAUUCCGAGGAACAAGCAGCUGAUCCUCCACAAUAUCUACGACGAACAGCGUCACAAGAAGCUGCAAAUCUCAAAGCGCUGAAGGCAUGGGCAGAGAAAAGAGACAUGAUGAACGGCGGCGCUUACAUGGAGAUCUUCCACAUUGGCGGCAAGACCGUGACUAAUGGUCACAUUGUCGACCCAGGUUCCACAUCACAUGCAUCAACCAGCGACUUCGACAGCUGGCCAUCAGCUGCACAGGAAAAAGAGGCGCUUGACCGGCGCAAUCAGACCUCAAGCCAAGACGAUGCUAGUCCAUCGCAUCAAGAUAAUGACAGCCGUCCAGGAGUUGGAAAACGUAUCUCAGGUUUCUUGAAAAGAAUCAGCCCCGCGGAGCGAGCACAGCAGAAAGCCAUGGCCAUGACUGCCGAAGAGGAAGCGGCGGAUGCGAAGAAAUAUCCCAUGUCUGAAGGCACGUAUGGGUGGGAAGACUAUGAUCCCAAGAAGUAAUGAGCGCGUAUUGCAAGCACCAAGCGAUUCGGAAGGUGCGGCACGCUCGUCAUUUUGCGGAAUUUCUGCGCGCAUCGCGUCGUCUUUGUCGAUCACAAUUGACACCUUCUCCUGUCCAUUUCUUCCUUCUGUAGAACACCAUCAAUGA